AUGGCGCAGGAGGACAGGGAGCUGUUCCAGGAGGCCAUCAGUGGUUUCGAGGUCUUGGUCUUCGGCCGGCUGCUGCCUUGGGGAGAGUUUUGCCGCGAGUUGCGUGCUUGGUUGCUGGAUACUGGUCAGGUCCCCGUUCAGGGAAAACUCGCGAGCAGCCCCCGCGAGAGAGAGUUGAAGUUGGGCAGGCGGCUGAGGCUGGCGAAGCGGGAGUACAAGGUAGGUGAUAUGGCGCAGGAGGACAGGGAGCUGUUCCAGGAGGCCAUCAGUGGUUUCGAGGUCUUGGUCGUCGGCCCGCUGCUGCAUUGGGGGGAGUUUUGCCGCGAGUUGCGUGCCUGGUUGCAGGAUACUGGUCAGGUCCCCAUUCAUGGAAACCUCGCGAGCAGCCAGAGCGAGAUGAAGUUGGGCAGGCGGCUGAGGCUGGCGAAGCGGGAGUACAAGGUAGGUGAUAUGGCGCAGGAGGACAGGGAGCUGUUCCAGGAGGCCAUCAGUGGUUUCGAGGUCUUGGUAUUCGGCCGUCGAGCCAGUUGA